CUGCACAAGGCAUCACCGGGGGCAAACUACCUGCCCUCCAAGACACCUACAGCACCCGAUGUCACAGGAAGGCCAAAAAGAUAAUCAAGGGCAACAACCAUACGAGCCACUGCCUGUUCACCCAGUUACCAUCCAGAAGGCGAGGUCAGUACAGGUGCAUCAAAGCUGAGACCAAGAGACUGAAAAAUAGCUUCCAUCUCAAGGCCAUCAGACUGAUAAACAGCCAUCACUAACAGAGAGGCUGCUGGCUACCUAAGACUUGAAAUCAUUGGCCACUUUAAUGAAUGGAACACUAGUCACUUUAAUAAUCCAUUGUAAUAAUAUGUACAUAUCUUGCAUUACUCAUCUCAUAUGUAUAUACUGUAUUCUAUAUUAUCUAUUGCAUCUUAGCCCAUGCCGCUCUGACAUUGCUCAUCCAUAUAUUUAUAAACUGGAUAGUUUUAUCUCCAUCUCUUCAUGGACACUCUUACUGACAGUUGUGGCUGCUUUGUGUGAUGUAUUGUUGUCUCUACCUUCUUGCCCUUUGUGCUGUUUUCUGUGACCAAUAAUGUUUGUACCAUGUUGUGUUGCUGCCUUGCUAUGUUGUCGUCUUAGUCUCUUUAUGUAGUGUUGUCAUGUGUGCUUUGUCCUAUUUGUAUUUUAUAAUAAAAAUGUUAUCCCAGCCCCCAUCCCCGCAUGAGGCCUUUUGGUAGGCCGUCAUUGUAAAUAAGAAUUUGUUCUUAACUGCCUUACCUAGUUAAUAAAAAAAAUCCAUUCCUUUACUUAGAUUUGUGUGUGUUAGACAUUGCUGCACUGUCGGAACUAGAAGCACAAGCAUUUAACUACACUCGCAAUAACAUCUGCUAAUCAUGUGUAUGUGACCAAUACAAUUUGAUAUAAAGUGUUUUUUCUCCAAAUUGCCGGGACAUCGUGUCUUACAUAUCAGUACAUUCGUAACAACUUGAGCAUUACGGAACUAAUCUCCGAUCAAAUAAACCCACAGCCAUAACAUUUUUUGUUGACCAAAUUCGACACUCAUUGACCAUACGAAAAGUCCUUCCUUGAUUGACGAAACAACGAAAACACGCCACCUGCUGGAAGGAGACAGACUUUUAUGCCGAGUUGGGCCAGUCUCUUCCUCUAUGGUAUUAGAAACUGUUGAACUGCCGGAAAAUCACACGAAGAAGAAAACGGAAGUGAACAGUGACGAAGAACAAUUUCCACAUUAGCGUUUUUGUCAUUUAGACGUUUAUGAACACCCUGGAACUCAAAAUAUGACUCAUUUAACGGAACAGCAUCACAUACUUACCAACGGUAGUGUUUAAUUCGCAUUGCAGACAGAAUUUGGUUGAUAGAUUGUAUCAAGGUAACGCUAGCUAUCUGCUAACAAUGGCUAACUGUAUGGUUUUUCACUCUCAAAUAGCCUCCAUUAUGGAGGUGCUAGCGAAUACAGCAGUGGCAGACAUCUGUAAACUCGUAGACGACGACUAUGCAGUGUUUCGUUUGGAAAUUUCUCAAAGCCAGAAAGAAAACAGGACAUUGCGGAGGAAAUUACAGCUAUUGGAACAGAAGGUGACACGGGAGCGCGCAGAAAAGACAAUGAGAGAGCGAGUCCUCGCCAGUCGUCCCAGUAGUGUCAAGAUCUUCGACCGAUACAGAGGAAUGGCAAGAGGACAUCUCACUGGAGGCCUCAGGAGCUUUGUGAAGCCAACAGGACACAAUAUAUGGAGAGAUGACCAACCAAUCACUGUUGAUGAGGGGAGUGGAACCUCAACCCAGCAUGUUAUCGUGAUCGAGUCUGCAGAUACGGAGGUUUCAGGUCCUGGGGUCAAGCAGGAGAGAACUGAAAGAGAGGACACAAGACUCAGCAGAGACAUCCAGACUGGAUUGACUGGAGCACCCCCUGUAUCCAGGGAGGACCCCGCCGCCUCGCCUCAGCCCAGGACCCAACACAGCAUCACGGAGGAGGAGGAGGGUCCAGAGGUGCUGCUGGUGAAGGAGGAGGGUCUGGGGAACACUGAGGAGACCAUAGUCAUGGAGGACAACCAGACUACACCUCCUCCUGAACCCACAGAGGAACCAGCUGAGCAGCACAGGACAACACACAGUAUCACUGAGUCAGUAGACAUGGAGGAUUCGAAGCCUGAUCUGCUGAUUGUCAAAGAGGAGACAAUAGACGACGAACCAGAGAGCAUUGACCCGCUGAGUGGACUAAAGAUGGGGGAGGAAGGUGGUUGGCUGGAGGCUAACAGAGGAGACUGGGCAGCCAUCUUGGAUUCCCAGACCCAGACCUGUGCAGCCAAAGGCCUAAGAGACAACGUCACUGAUCAGGCCAGGACCAGAGGCGAUAUAAUGGAGGUCAGUGGAUGGGACAGCAUCCUCAACUCUCAGCGGGGGAACUACACUGUUAACCACAACCAGAAACUGACAGUCGAACACACAACAACAACCAAACUUAGUCUCCAUGACAACAGACUGGCUGAGACCAGGGCGAGGCGUAGAUUUGGUCUGCAGGUACGGGGAGGUGUCCGUAUGCGGCUGGAGAGAACUGACACAGACUCGGCUAGCGAUGCUCCGUCCUGCUCCUAUAGCUGUGAUUCAGAGAGACUGAUGGCGCCUCAGGUUAACCCCCUAACAGGUGCUGCCUUCAGCCUGCCUUCUAUAGGAUCUAUCAACUGGAACAUGGACCCUGUGACAACACAGACACUCCCUGGCCUUCAUCCUCCUCACACUCUCCUGAUGUUAAACCAGACCUCAGACAAUGCCUCAACACUAAAUGGCUACACAAGCCCAUUGACAAAUGACCGUAGUAGAGACUGUAAAGCUAGCAGCGUCAAAGAGAAGCGCUUCCCAUGUUCAUUCUGUGGGAAAGCCUUCAGUUUUCCCAAACAGGUGGAGAUCCACCAGAGGACUCACACAGGGGAGAAACCAUUCAAUUGUACACAGUGUUAUAUGCGCUUCGCCCGGGCUGGCCACCUGAAGAGCCAUCAGAGGGUCCACACAGGGGAGAAACCAUUCAGCUGCCCCCAGUGUGAGAAGAGGUUCUCCCACCAGCACCAGCUAAAGAGGCACCUGAAGGUCCACACGGGAGAGAGGCCGUUUGCCUGUACGCACUGCGAGAAGAGGUUCUCAGAGAGGAGCUAUCUCAGGAUACACCAGCAGAAAAUGCACAUGGUCCAUGUAUAGACAUGUAAUUUAGUACUAGUUCGUUUGUUUGUAGUUAAUUCUGUUGGUUUUGGAUGUAUUAGGGAACUGGAUGAGGUGAACUGAGGAAAGAAUGAGUAUGAUGAGGCAGAGUAGAUGAUAAGGUGAUGGUGUCUGUAAAAAUGCUUCACUAAUGUAAAGUGAGCCGUGUCCUGUUUGAUGCUGGUGUUUUAUAAAUGAGGAAAUGUUAGUGCCUUAAUUCAUUUUUACUUAAAAUUAAGUAGUGAAGAUGUGUGUAAUGUUGAACAUUUUCCAAAGUAUUCUAAAAUGUAUUUUAUGGUACCAGAUUUAUAUAGAAGUUAGUGUUACCAUAGUGAAGUUAUUCUACUUGUGAUUGCUAUUUCGUUUAAAUGAACUACUAAAUUGACUCUGCUGACUGACUUGGUUAUUUUGUAUCAUUUUUUAUAUAUAUAUUUUAGAAUAAGCUCCAUAUUGUUAGGUACUUGAAUCAGUUUAAGAUGGGCUGUGGUUCACAUUUUAUAAUGUCAUGUUUCUGUGUGUACAUGAAAGAGUUUAAAUAAAGUUCUGCUUUU